AUGGAGGCCUCCGAAGAGAAUUACUAUGAGCUGCUGGGGCUGGAAAUCACAGCUUCAGCAAAAGACAUUAGAAAUGCAUACCGUAGAAAGGCCUUAAAAUAUCAUCCUGACAAAAAUCCUAGUCCUGAUGCAGCCAUUAUGUUUGAUAAAUUGAGCAAAGCACAGGAGUUACUGCUGGAUCCAUCUAAGCGAAGUGAUUAUGAUCAACGGCACAGAGCUCGACUAGAAAGACAGAAAAAGAAGCAGGAAAUGGAUUCUAAAAGACGCCACGCGCAAGAAGAAUUAGAGAAAAGAGAAAGAGAAGCGAAAAAGAUGAAAACAGAGCAAGAACAAGCAAAAGCACAAUAUGAAUCUGAAUUAGCACGCCUACGUGAAGAAGGAGCUAAGCGAAGACAAGAAGAUUGGAGUACGGAGACGAAACCCGAGGUUACAGAACUAUCAGGAGAAAAUGAAUUAGGAGCACUCAAAAUCAAAUGGAAACGGAAGAGAUACAAUUUUACCGAACAGGAUUUAAGGGACAUAUUCAAUCCGAUUGCUGAAGUGGAUUCACUUGCUCUAUCAGAAAAAAAAAAAGGAAGCGCCAUACUUAUUUUGAAAACUGUCGUAGAUGCAUAUGGAAUCAUUACAAAGAAAGAUACACAUCCCUCCUUAGCACCAUUUGAGAGCAUUAAUUGGGCUACAGGUCGACCACCCUCACUUGUGGAAAAGAUGAUAAGAGCGGAAGAAAUGCAAAAAGAAGCAAGAGCUGCAAUAUAUGGUACAACCAGUAGAACACCCUCUUCAGCCGAAAGCAAACCGUUAUUCGCAACCGGCUCACAAUCAUUUUUUAAGAACUUCAGUAUACCCAUCAAUAAAGUAAGCCCGUAA